AUGUACGUUUAUUCUUGCCUGUCAUCAUUUCCAGCUAAACUGACAUCCAGCACAGGGCUGGUAGACGGGCAAGAGGCUCAGGCAGUAUCCGGGGCCCAUGAUUAUGACCGCCGAGCUGCGGAGGCUGCGCGUCAGGCGGCCGAAGAAGAAGCCGAACAAGCCGAACAAGCCGAAGACGCAGACUAUCAGAAUGAAUUAUCGCCAGAAGCACCACAGCCAGAGUCCCCCGAAGAGAAAACCCGAAAGCGGAAGCGAAUGCAAGCCAUCGAGAAGAUUAAAACGAGCAAGGAAUUUGCCCGUCGCAAAGCUCGACGCGCCGGGGAGCCCGAUGACGACGACGAUAUUCUGGCAGAUGAAAUGAUAAAGGAGAAACAUCGACCGAAUCCAGGCCAGCUGGCGAAUUGUGAGGUCUGCGGCAAGCGCUUCACAGUCACUUCCUACAGCAAGGCGGGUCCAGAUGGGGGCCUUCUAUGCGCCACUUGCUCUAAAAAGCAGAUUGAUGGGGACAAAAAAGCCCCAGUUAAAAAGCGAAUUGCGGGAAUCGGUCGUCGUAAGAACCAAAGCAAGCUCCUGGAUGGGUUUGCUACCCCCGGCUCUCGAAGCUUGCUAGAGACGUGUAUCAAAAAAGUUGCUGAUAAUAUCGAUGAUGUGGAAGAAUUUGGAGACCUUCCUCCGCUCGUGAUGCAUCGACUUAGCCAAAUUUUGUCGCGGAAUCGUGCCGUGACGCAGAGGACUCUGGAUCUUUUCUUGCGGCCCGAGCACAAAGAGCUGAAUAUCUAUGACUGCGCUAAACUACAAACCGACGAUUUCCAUAAAAUCCUGGCUACCAUGCCGGCUUUGACUCGACUAAAUCUUAGAUUUGUCACUGCCAUGAAAGAUCCAGUUUUUGAAUACUUGAUGGACCGUGACACGAAGAUCCAGGAUCUGCAUUUGAAUUCGCCAAAUCUCGUCACUGAUACUUGCUGGCGCCAAUUAUUCACCAAAAUUGGCCCGCAGCUACAAAGCCUGAAGCUGUGGAACCUCGAUUCUGCCUUUGAUGACGAAACCGCCGAGGUUAUGAGCAAGAACUGCAUUAAUCUUCGGCGUUUGAAGUUAAAAUAUCUUGACAAACUUGGAGACAAGACGAUUGAGGCAAUUUCGACCAUGAAGACUUUGCAGCAUUUGUCGCUACAUCUCACUCGGGAAACGAAACCUGAGCCUCUACUGCAGGCGAUUGCUCACCUCGGGCCUAAUUUGUACUCUCUUUCUCUGGAAAGUUUUCAGCUUGCAGAUGACAGGCUAGUCCAACACAUCCACGAGCACUGCCGAGAACUUUCCAAGCUCCGGAUCGCUGACAAUGCAAUUAUCACCGACAAGGCCAUGGCUGACCUUUUUCGUGGCUGGUCCAAUCCGGGCUUGAGAUUUGUAGACUUUAGUGGUCUCCGGGACGUGGAUAUGGCUAACCCUCAUGGCCCUUCUGAGGCCGUAGGUCUUGCCUCUGGUGGAUUCAUUGCCCUAAUGGAGCACUCGGGCUUAAAACUCCAAAAUUUGAAAGUCACCUCAUGCCGUCAUAUAUCACACGCCGCAUAUGAGGAAGUCUUCGCCGAAAACAAGCGAUACCCUGAACUCAAGUCCCUUGACCUCGCUUUCAAUGCCCCUGUUGAUGACUACAUCAUACAGUGUAUUUUCAGAUGUUGCCCCGCUCUCAAGAAAAUUGUCGUCUUUGGUUGUCUCAAAAUUCGAGAUCUACGGGUGCCUAAAGGCGUGGCAGUUAUUGGCACGCUAGGUGCCAAGUUAACAGUCGAUGGGGUUGCUCAGAAAGAGAUCGUCUAA